GAGAGCUGCACUCACCUUUUAACCUGGCAAACGGAAUCCGCUCUUGACAGACGGAAAACAGGGCGUAGGCUAUAUGCUCACAUAUACUGAUAGGGAGAAAAUCCGAGCCAUCUGACGUGGAAGGAUUUAUAGGUUUAGACGAAAUUGCUUUCCGACAGUGAGAUCAAAUACAGUGGCAUGUUUCAGUGUGUAUAUGUGUCUGUAGUAUUUCACAUUGAUUUGGCGCGAACGGUAGCCUACCAAGGAUCAUGCCCGAGGCACGUAAAACGUUUUCACUGUAGCCUUUAUUUUCUGAAACUGGACUUUUGGACAACUGGGUCCAGAACGCUGUCAGUGUGGAAAUUAUGUCCACGGAUGUCCUACUUCUGCUGCUAUUUGUCUGGAUGGUCGGUGCUUCUGGGAGGUCAAUUGGUCCGAGGGGACACGUGCGCCAGACCUACAGCCAAAUCAGAUUCAAACGAGAAGUACCAUCGACUGUACAAGGACGUCAAAAAGUUAGCAGCCCUAUACUGAGAAGAAGUCCAGAUAUGACCAAAACCACCAUGACAAAGUCAGAGCAGCUCUUAAGCAUAAAUGACCACGACUUCACAAUGAGGCCUGGCUUUGGAGGACACACUGUUCAAGUUGGAGUUGAUGUUCAGGUAGAGAGUCUGGACACAAUUUCAGAAGUUGACAUGGACUUCACCAUGACCCUGUAUAUUAGGCACUACUGGAAAGAUGAGCGCCUUUCUUUCCACAGCACCACCAAUAAGAGCAUGACCUUUGACGGGCGCCUGGUCAAGAAGAUCUGGGUGCCUGACCUGUUCUUUGUCCACUCCAAGAGGUCUUUCACACACGACACCACCACAGAUAAUGUCAUGCUGAGAGUCUACCCUGAUGGCAAGGUGCUCUACAGCUUAAGGGUGACGGUGACAUCCAUGUGCAGUAUGGACCUGAGUCGCUUCCCUCUGGACACACAGACCUGCUCCCUGGAGAUCGAGAGCUAUGCGUACACAGAUGACGACCUGAUGCUCUACUGGAAGAAAGGGAACAAUUCCCUGAGUACCGACGAAAGGAUCUCCCUCUCCCAGUUCCUCAUCCAGGAGUUCCAUACCACCAGCAAAAAAUCCUUCUACAGCAGCACAGGCUGGUACAACCGUCUGUACAUCAACUUCACCCUGCGACGCCACAUCUUCUUCUUCCUGCUGCAGACCUACUUCCCUGCCACUCUGAUGGUCAUGUUGUCCUGGGUGUCUUUCUGGAUCGACCGCCGGGCCGUACCGGCCAGGGUUCCUCUGGGUAUCACCACGGUGCUCACCAUGUCCACCAUCAUCACUGGAGUCAACGCCUCCAUGCCCAGGGUUUCCUACAUCAAAGCUGUGGACAUUUACCUCUGGGUCAGUUUUGUGUUUGUGUUCCUAUCGGUGAUAGAGUACGCUGCAGUGAACUACCUGUCUACGGUGCAAGAACGGAAGGAAAGAAAGCUACGAGAAAGGCUGCCCUGCACCUGUGGCAUGACCCACCCAGGCAUGAUGGGUAGCUACAGCGAGGAUGAUGUCAACAACACUGGGAACUAUGGCGGUGAGUCGAUGGAGAACGGCGCUGCAAUGCAGCAAAGGAUGAUGGUCCAUCUGGACUUUGAGGAGAACGACCAGAUCACAGGACACGUGGGCUCCAGCGCUUACAGCAGCAUGUGGAUUGACACCCACGCCAUAGACAAGUAUUCCCGGGUCAUCUUCCCUGGGUCCUAUAUUCUGUUCAACAUCAUCUACUGGUCCUGCUACCUCUAACACUGCACAGAAUGGGAUGGAGGUAGACAUACCCACAGAACUAGAAUGAAUUCUAUUCAUUCUAAUGAGUUAUAUUAAUUAUAUUAUUUUUCUACGAAAAUACCCAGGGUGUAUGCACCUGGAAAGGAACCACAACUCUGAUGAUGUGAUGAUGCAAAAUGCUAAACCAUGGUACCUGGAUUUCUGUACCUGAGAUAUAGAGGGCAUGCCAUGCACAGCACACAGACUCAAGCACAGCAGUUAUUGUCAUUUUGAAAACCUAUAUGUUGGUGUUUUAUAUGUCCGGGGAAGUAAUGAGUUCACGUAAUGAUUCAUAAGUAAUGGGCUGGCUUGUAUCCACAUUGAGAAUUGCAAAACUGUCAUUUAGUUGAGUUGUCAUUGCCAAUAUAAACUCAGCAAAAAAAGAAACUUCCUCUCACUGUUAUUUUCAGCAAACUAAACAUAUGUAAAUAUGUGUAUGAACAUAAGAUUCAACAACUGAGACAUAAACUGAACAAGUUCCACAGACAUAUGACUAACAGAAAUGAAAUAAUGUGUCCGUGAACAAAGGGGGUGUAACGGCCGUUGGUGGAAGAAGGUGAGGACCAAAGUGCAGCGUGGUACGUGUUCGUCAUUUAUUAAAUAGAACUGAACACUAAAUAUAAAGUAACAAAAAGAACAACCGAAACAGCUCCGUCAGGUGCAAAACAGAAAGCAACUACCCACAAAACCCAUAUGGGCAAGAGCUACCUAAGUAUGGUUCUCAAUCAGAGACAACGACAGACAGCUGUCCCUGAUUGAGAACCAUACCCGGCCAAAAACAGAGAUAUACAAAAACAUAGAAAAAAGAACAUAGAAUGCCCACCCUAGUCACACCCUGGCCUAACCAAAAUAGAGAAUAAAAACCUCUCUAUGGCCAGGGCGUGACAGGGGGGGUCAAAAUCAAAAGUAAGUCAGUAUCUGGUGUGGCCACCAGCUGCAUUAAGUACUGCAGUGCAUCUCCUCCACAUGGACUGCACCAGAUUUGUCAGUUCUUACUGUGAGAUGUUACCUCACUCUUCCACCAAGGCACCUGCAAGUUCCUGGACAUUUCUGGGGGGAAUGGCCCUAGCCCUCACCCUCCGAUUCAACAGAUCCCAGACGUGCUCAAUGGGAUUGAGAUCCGGGCUCUUCGCUGGCCAUGGCAGAACACUGACAUUCCUGUCUUGCAGGAAAUCACGCACAGAACAAGCAGUAUGGCUAGUGGCAUUGUCAUGCUUGAGGGUCAUGUCAGGAGGAGCCUGCAGGAAGGAUACCACAUGAGGGAGGAGGAUGUCUUCCCUGUAACGCACAGCGUUGAGAUUGCCUGCAAUGACAAGCUCAGUCCGAUGAUGCUGUGGCACACCGCCCCAGACCAUGACGGACACUCCUCCUCGAAAUCGAUCCCGCUCCAGAGUACAGGCCUCGGUGUAACGCUCAUUCCUUUGACAAUAAACGCGAAUCCGACCAUCACCCCUGGUGAGACAAAACCGCGACUCGUCAGUGAAGAGCACUUUUUGCCAGUCCUGUCUGGUUCAGCGACGGUGGGUUUGUGCCCAUAGGAGACGUUGUUGCCGGUAAUGUCUGGUGAGGACCUGCCUUACAACAGGCCUACAAGCCCUCAGUCCAGCCUCUCUCAGCCUAUUGCGGACAGUCUGAGCACUGAUGGAGAAAUUGUGCGUUCCUGGUGUACAUCGGGCAGUUGUUGUUGCCAUCCUGUACCUGUCCCGCAGGUGUGAUGUUCGGAUGUACCGAUCCUGUGCAGGUGUUGUUACACGUGGUCUGCCACUGCGAGGACGAUCAGCUGUCUGUCCUGUCUCCCUGUAGGGCUGUCUUAGGCAUCUCACAGUAUGGACAUUGCAAUUUAUUGCCCUGGCCACAUCUGCAGUCCUCAUGCCUCCUUGUAGCAUGCCUGAGGCACAUUCAUGCAGAUGAGCAGGGACCCUGGGCAUCUUUCUUUUGGUGUUUUUCAGAGUCAGUAGAAAGGCCUCUUUUUAGUGUCCUAUGUUUUCAUAACUGACCUUAAUUGCCUACCGUCUGUAAGCUGUUAGUGUCUUAACGACCGUUCCACAGGUGCAUGUUCAUUAAUUGUUUAUGGUUCAUUGAACAAGCAGUGUUUAAACCCUUUACAAUGAAGAUCUGUAAAGUUAUUUGGAUUUUUACGAAUUAUCUUUGAAAGACAGGGUCCUGGAAAAGGGACGUUUCUUUUUUUGCUGAGUUUAAGAUGCUAUAUUGGAUUGUUGGAAGAUACAUUUUUUCAAAGCCUAUGAGAACUAAUGCAAAAGUCACACUACAGUAGAAUAACGCAUUCCCUAAAAAUCUUAACAUUACAUUUGAUCAUCGUCAUCAUGCAGAGCUAUCCAUUAUGUUAGUCAUUAUCAAUCAAAGUUUAUUGGUUGCGUACACAGAUUUGCAGGUGCUAUGGCAGGUGCAGUGAAAUGCUUAUGUUACUAGCUCCAAUCGUGCAGAAUGAUGUCUCGCAGAUACAAUAAAAUACACAAAUAAGAAAAAUAAUCCAAACAAGAAUUCAUAAAAUAACAAUCCAAGGAGAUACAGUAUAUUACAGUGAGCAUUAUGUUAAAGGUCACUCGAAAGCAUCAAUAAUUGUACUUUUGUGAGCCCGUAUGUAACGGUCGUUGUUGGUGGAAGAAGGUGAGGACCAAUGCGCAGCGUGGUAAGUGUCCAUAUUUUUAAUAAAGAAAUUGAACACAACAAAAACAACAAAGUGAACGAACGAAACUGAAACAGUUCUGUCUGGUAAAGAAUACAAACACUCAACAGAAAAUAAUCACCCACAAAUCAAGGGUGAAAACAGGCUGCCUAAGUAUGGUUCUCAAUCAGGGACAACGAUUGACAGCUGCCUCUGAUUGAGAACCAUACCAGGCCAAAACCCAGAAAUACCAACUCAUAGAAAAAUAAACAUAGACAACCCACCCAACUCACGCCCUGAACAUACUAAAACAAAGACAUAACAAAAGAACUAAGGUCAGAAUGUGACACAGUGUAUAGGUCCCUCAGGUUGAUUAAGUUAGGGAACAAAGCUAUACCAAAUACUUUCUGUACCAAUAAGUACAUUUUUGUGCAGUUUUUAUGAUAUCAGAUAUACAGUAGCAUCCAGAAUUGCAUGUAUUGGCAAAUGUGAAAUGUAAUGUAAUGUACAUCAAAACAAAUGGUGUCCAAAUGGUUAUUUCAAACUGUGCUACAAUGUCGGGAUCAUUUUGUGUAUUGUGGUUUCAAAUGGACCAUUACACCUAUUUUUAUUGUGUCCCCCCUUCUCUGGGUAUGCUUGAAUAUGUAUUGAAUAACUACUUAAUAACAGUACUUGUACAGUAUUUUAGCAUAAAUCUGUCAACUGAUGAAAAAAAAAAAUUCUUCUUACAUUAUGUCCUGCAUUACUGCCAGUUUCUGACCACCCUUCCCAUGUAUUUUAGUGUUUGAUUCAACAUGUGUGACAGGUAAAUGGGCUAUUGACAUGAUGAUUUUGUAACUCAGUUUCUGAAACAAUAAGUAAUUGAUUAAAAUGUUUUCUUCUA